UCUUGCUGUGUAGACAGUAAAUUAUGCUUUCGGUAGCGCCUGUCCAUGGUUGACUCGCCUGUAACUACAUUGAAUACAAUUAUGCAUGUUUUUGUCAAACUUCUGUGGACGUGUGAACACGCAAUAUAGGCCUAUUAAAAUCCGCUAUGCAGGGAAAUGUAAAACUAUUCGCUAAACCUGAGUUGAUUGAUAGCCCAGGUGAGACUUGACUUGGGUCCAUAACACGAGGGGAAUUUAUGUAUGGUCCACUGUUUGUUUUAACACAAUAGGACAGCGUCGUCUCACUAAGUUCUCCACCCAGCCGGGUGUUCGUUCAAAUCCAUCAAAUCGAAAUUAUACACCUGUCGUAGAAAGGCGCUUAUUUUCUCAAUAAAUUAAAAUACAACAUUCGGCUGCAUGGUCGUGCACAUACAUUUUUGGGGGGCAUGUGUUCAAACAAAAGGCACAAACAAUUAUUUUUCUUCCCCACAAGCACAGUCAGACUCGAGCAGUUGCAGGAGGGGAAAGCCGCACAAUCUGACUGAACUAUUUUGAACUGGAAUAAAUGCUGCACUGAGCAUUGACCAACACGAUUCCAAUCAAAAUAUAAAAUUGUAAGAAAUACUGUAGCCUACUAUUACCAUAGCCUUACCAACCCAACUCAAUUGGUUGCCAGUGAUGUAUCCUGUGGUUUAAACUUUUGGGCUCGCAACCCCAUAAAAGCAGUGAUAGAAAACGUGUGACCUUGUGCACACGCAAACAUGCGUGCGCAAUGUAGCUUGUCAUGACAGCCAUAAACGGUGAUGCAUUUUCAAAACGCAAGAUGGGCUACAGAAAUAAAGUGCGUUUUACACCUGCAUUUGGAGCUGAAAGUGUAAUUCAUGUUAGCAGCCAAUUUCAACUAGCUCAAUGUCACUCAUCUGGAGUCCAGAGCAAGCAAAAUCAUAUGGCCUAAGUGUGUGGCAGUUGUAGGAUCGGAUGGAAAGCAUGUUUUGUCUGCACCGCACCAUCACUUUGAAGGGAAAUAUCGUAAUAAAUUUGCCAGAAUGUUAAAUCUUCAUCCCAUACUAUUGAAGGCAGUACGAUGUUAAAGCUGCUUACCUUUAGACAUCGCCAGUAGACAGGCCUAGUUUGGGUAUCUGGAAUAGGGCAAUUCUCAAUCGCCAGGUAACCUAUUCUGGCAAAGAUGCGGCCGUAGUAGAUUGCUAAACUGUAUUGUAUAUGGGUGAUAAACGUAGACCUACUUUGUUUUUGCUAGGCAAAACUGGAGGAACUGAAACAAGUUCUUUCUGGUCACUAAUCUGGAUAUGAGCACCCAUUUUCCGCGCCAAUUGAUGACUGGUCGGGUCAACAACCAACUUUUUGGUUCUGAAGUAUAGAUGAGAAUUUAAGGACGACUUGCGUGCAGUGGGUUCAGAACAACUACAAAAAUAUAUAAUUUUGGGGGAAAUUAUACCACCACCAAAAAGGGCACUUUUGAGACUGGAAAGGGCAUGUGAAAAUAUUGUCCCCAUUGGUGUGAACUUUAGAUUUAAAAAUGAAAUAUAUCAACAAAAAAUUGAUAUCAAGUUUUAUUGUGGCAUGUUGAGAGAAAAACAGGUGUCCCACGAAACUAACGGUUUAAUUUGCCCUUUUUAUUAACGGCUUGGUCGGGGAGAGUUCCUCUGAUUUCAACACACUGCACACAGGCUUGUAUGUAAUGCUCAGUUGUAUACCACACAUUUUGUUCUAUAUUAGUGUUAUUUUCUACACAUUCUUGGCUUCAUGCUAUUGUAGGCCUAGAUUGCUUGGGUCCACUUUUGGAAAUUCUAGUUUAGCUCUGAAAAGGCUGUAAGGUUUUUUCCUAACAUGGCAAUAUUUUCCCCAGGGGAUACCCUGCUAUUUCUACUCAGCAGGUAAUGUUUCCUCCCAGACUUACUGUGAGUUUCCAUUUGAAGUCAGGACAUUUUUAUGACUUUGCUGCUCAGGUCCAGGAGUUUUUAUUCUUAAUUGGCGCCAGAGGCUCUGUAUUAAAAUAGCGUUUUAAAGGAAGGAGGAGACAAUAUUAUUGUUUCAAUGGUUUUGUGAUUCUAUUGGACAGGCACUCACACGUCAGACUGAUUGACAUGGAGACCUAUAUUUAUCACACCUACCCUCACCGGUACAGGAAAGACAGCAGCCCAUGCACAGGUGGUCAAGAUGAUUUCUCCAUUGUGGCUGGUGGGGGCAAUAUGCUGUCUGACGUUGCUACCAGUUUGGCUGGAAGCAAAGUCUCUGCUGAAUACUAUCAAGCAGGAAGAGAUGAGGCCUGUUAGUGAUGUGAGUAUUGAUUCGGACAAGGCUCAUGGCUUCCUGACUCACUCACGACCAAAGCGCAAUGUGGAACCCAGGUGGUACAGAGGCAACCCCGACUUCCAGGCUUACUACCGCUACUACAAUAGCAUUGGACACACAGAGGGGCUGUAUGAGAUUGACCGGAUCAGGCUGCUGUACCAGCAGAUGAGGCAGCUGGAGCAUGUAUACGGCCCCAACGCCUCACACUUCCAGAACAAACUGGGAGUGCCCACCGUCAAGAAGUGCGACCCGGCCAUGGACAAAAAAUGCAAAGCCCUACCCCCUCCCCCUCCUGCCCCAAUAAAAAGCACCUCUCAACCCCCUCCUGCUCCUGCCAUCUCCCAGGCUGACGUCAUGUACCUGUGCAAUGCCAAGGACCCCCUCUGCAAGCCCCAUAUUGUCUACCUCCCCACCGGGGCAUUGCCCGUACUGUGCGACCCCCGCUACCACCCCUCCUGCAACCUCCACAAGCUCCCUCCUCCACCACCACCCCCAAUGCUUAAAAAAUCUGCCCCACAACUACCACCCCCCGCCCCAAAAAAGUCAUCUCCCCCUCCGGCCCCCAUCCACACCUACAAGGGCAUGGAGUAUGACUGCAAUCCCUACUGGGACCCAGACUGCCUGAUAGACCACCCACCCAGACCCUUCCAUGGCAAAGCUGGCCCACUCCCUCCUCCCACUGAGGAGGAACCAGUUGAGGACCCACCACCCCCUGCAGCCAGCAACAAGAAAGUGGCCCAUCCCUAUCCCUACUAUGGCUACCCCUAUAACUAUAACUAUGGGCAUGAACUCUAUGAUCCAGUCCGCUUCCAGUACCCCUCACCACCUUCUGAUUCCCCUGAUGAUAGUGGUAGUGACUAGCUCAUCAAAGCUCUAAAGGCAGUAGCUUUACUUACGCCUCAAGUGUUUUGGCAAUAAUGAAAGGGGAGUUGUUUUCCCCUGCAGAUGUAGAUUUAGAAGGAUGAAGCAGCAGAGACCAUAAUUAUAGGUCUUUCAGCUAUUAAGCAUGUAACCGUCUUAUCAAUGUUCUGGUGACGCUGUUAUGGGCAGGAGAGCAAACCUAUUUGUACAGCAAUGACCUGCAGGAGAGUGAUGCUAUAUUACAAUGAUUGGAAAUAUUACAACGAUAAGACUGAUUUAUUACUGUCCAAUGUGCCAUUGUCUAUUCAGCAUCCAAAAUCAUUAUUCAGUUAUACAAUUUUCAUAGCAAAAAAAAGAUAAAAUAAAUAUUGACUGAAAUGAUGAAAAAUAAACUUUAAAAAAACUCUG